CCCCUUGAUAAAUAACGACGUGAACAAGCUGCGUACUCAAACCUGUCGGCUGCGAGUUAUUUUUACGUAGCUGCUUUUCUCGAUUUGUCUGAUUAAAAAUGAUAGAAAUUAACGUGGCGAAACAUAUUGCACCAUCAUACGAGGUCACGGUCACAAUCAUCAAUGGCUUCCGCGUUUGAGGUGCUUCCUGCGAGUCUUAUAAAUCGAGACUCGACGGUUCAUCCAUCGGGCUGAAUCACUUUUACAGUUGUAGAACUACUGAUUGUUCGGUCGGGCAUCAAUUAGCAACUCCGCGAAUAACCAUGUAACUCUGCCAGUUUUCGUUCUCAUUUUGCAAUAUCAGAAUGACGGUGGAGAACAGAGAAAUGAUGAUCCAAAAAGGUCUAUCGGAAUGGUGGAGUGAGGAAACAGAAUACGUUUUCCAGAGGAUUGAGAGAUGGGCGGCCUUUGCGCGUGGUUACAAUCGACUUCAAUCGCAAAGAUGGUUCAAGAAUCGGCAAACAACGCAAAAAUCCUGGAACGCGUCUUCCGAAACUCCACAACUUCACAGUCUCAAACGAUCCAGAUCGCGUCCGGAGGAAAUCAAGAUUAACUGCUGCGGCACUUUAAAUUAUCAAUCGAAUAGUAACCUGGACAGCAAUUGCUUAGAAACGUAUCGAUACGACCAUAGUAUCUACUUCAAGACUAUCGGCGAUAUUAGAAGUGACAAAAGAGAUCAAAAUCAGAAUCAGGAUAGUGCGUCUAUCAGCAGUGAGGAGCAGGUUGAGUGGGACGCCAGCUCGAUCGUCGAUCCAAUUUCUAAUAAACUGCCCUCCGAAAAGACUAUUUCAGAUGCUGUUACUGAACAGAAGGACAGAGGGACACAAAAUACUUGGCCAAUCGUGGAUUUAUCCGAAUUUGAUCUGAAUCUGAUAGAUUAUCAAAAAGGAAACGAGUGGCUCUCUCGUCCGGUUGAUAAUAAAGAUAAUUGUGAAAGCGAAGAAAGGCAGACGGAGAACAACAAUGUGAUAUUUUUGGAUAAUUUGAAGGAUAAAAAGGAUCAAGAAAAUAGGUCAAAGAAUCAGGAAAGAAGCAAGUUUCACUCGUUCCGGAAAACUAAACGAUCGUCCAAGAACCUGCGGAAAUCGUCAAUCGUCGGUGAAAACAAUGUCGUUUGGCCGGGAGUUCUUUUGAAUUACACCAACAACUUCGAUGUUGCCAGUAACGCUCCGAAGGAUUAAUAAAAGUAAAUUUGAGCUAAAAAAAAUUGCGCAUAAACGCGUGAGCGUUUUGACUUGCAAUGAACCGUCAAAUUUUAUAAAAUAUAUGAUGACAAUUUAUGUUGGUGUGCUUUUUCGCUCGAAAUAAAAAUGUGUUUAUUUUCA